CGUCUGCCAUGGGGCCAGGCCGCCUCUGUCGGUCGCUUCUGCUGUGCUGCCGGCGGGCGGCGGCUCUCGGCGCGGCUGGGUACCGCGUUAGGGCACUGCCCGCUCGUCCCCUCAGCGCCUCCGUUCGGCUACGGGCGCCGGGAAGGGGCGGUGGGGGUGGAAGCGGGUAUGGGGGAGCAGGCGUUGGCGGAGACGAAGAGGACGAGGACGAGGAAGAGGAUGAGGACGAGGACGUGGAGGAGCUGCUGGGCCCCUCUCCGGUGGCGGUGGGGCCCGGCGCGCAGCGCGUGGCCGUGGUGCACCCGGAUGUCAAGUGGGGCCCGAAGAAGUCGCCGCUGACGACGGCUGAAUUACAGAUUGCCGAAGCUGUUGCUCUUGUAGAAACUCUUCACAACUGGACAGUUUUGGAUAAAAUAAUUAUUCCUACAAAAAAUCCUGACAAGAAGUUUAUUUUUGGCAAAGGAAACUUUCAGGUGUUGACAGAAAAGAUUAAAAAAUUGCCCCAUGUGACAGCUGUCUUCUUGAAUGUGGAAAGAAUAUCUUCACUAACAAAGAAAGAACUAGAAGAUGCCUGGGGCGUGAAAGUCUUUGACAGAUACACAGUUGUACUUCACAUUUUUCGUUGUAAUGCCCAGACCAAAGAAGCAAAACUUCAGAUAGCAUUGGCUGAAAUUCCACUUCUCAGGUCAAAUCUGAAAAAUGAGGUGUCUCGGCUAGAUCAGCAGAGAGGUGGAUCAAGGUACAUCAUGGGCUCAGGUGAAACAUUCAUGGAGACACAGAAUCGUAUCUUGAAAGAAAAAGAACUUAAAAUUAGGAAUGCCCUGGAGAAACUGAAAAGAAAAAGGUCUUUACUUCGAACUCAGCGCAGAAAACGCGAGUUUCCAACUAUCUCAGUAAUGGGCUAUACUAAUUGUGGAAAAACUACGUUGAUCAAAGCCUUGACUGGGGAAGCAGGACUUCAACCGAGAGAUCAGCUGUUUGCCACUCUUGAUAUUACAGCCCAUGCUGGUUAUCUGCCCUCACAUAUGGCAGUCAUUUAUGUUGAUACUAUUGGUUUUCUGACUGAUCUUCCACAUAAUCUUGUUGAGUCCUUCUCAGCUACAUUAGAAGAAGUGGCUUACUCAGAUUUGAUCGUUCAUGUGAGGGAUAUUACUCAUCCAGAAACUGUGCUUCAGAAAGCAACUGUUCUGUCAGUUCUGAAGAAUCUUAAUCUUCCGAGCCAUUUAUUGGAUUCAAUGGUAGAAGUUCAUAACAAAGUGGAUUUGAUAGAAAGAUAUAAACCCACUGAAGAAAAUGCAUUAGCCAUUUCUGCUCUACAUGGACUUGGUUUAGAAGAGCUGAAAGAAGAAAUAGAGAAAAAAAUUUUGACAGCAACAGGGAAGAAGAUCCUGACAGUUAAUGUCAACUUAGAGGGACCUCAACUAAGUUGGCUCUAUAAAGAGGCAACAGUUCAGGAAGUAGAAGUCAUGCCUGAAGAUGGCACAGCCAAGGUGAAGGUGAUAAUUGGUAAUUCUGCUUUUGGCAAAUACAAAAACCUCUUUCCUAACAGUAAGAUUUUUAUGCCAUGAAACUAGGAAAAGAGACUGAAUUUGUUAAAAGGAUGUGAAAUAAUUUAAUGAUGUGCUACCCCGGGUGUUGGUGAGUGUAUUUCUUCCCUAGGUCAUGUUUUUGAUGCAUUUUAGAAACGAACACUGUUUCAGAAAACCUGUGUUUGGCACCAGCAAGAGCUGCAUUCUGGUGGCAAGGACAAUAUUACGUCUUUGUGUUAAAACAGUUGUUGGCUAUAAGCUGUGGAUCUGAAAACACAUGGAAAUCACUAGAUAGCAUCUGAAUUAACCUUCAGAAAAGUACUAAGUUUCUUAUAUAAAGCUUUUUAUCUCAUUUUUGAGAAUAAAAAUAUUUGUUAUGGUCAGUGUGUCGCAGAUGGUCCUUGGAAAAUGAAAGUUAAUGAACAAAAUUUUUUUGGUGGUAUAUAAAUAAUACAGAUAGGUUUACACAUUCUGCUUGAAUAUAUAUUUAAGUUAAAUAAAUGCCAUGUCUUAUUGCAGGGAAGCAAAAAACCUUAGAUUUGUAUAUUUAAGCAAUAAAAGUUAGCUGUGAACAUUUCUUACUGGGUUUUUUUUGCAUACAGUAAUUUGUCCUGUUACUUUAUCCAGUCUUAAAGGAAAAACAUGCUAAGGUACAGCAAACCCUGGAUUUUCUGUGAAAUUAUUUUACAAAGAAAGAGGCAAAACCUGAUCCAUUACCCAAGUUGUGAAUUACCACUGGCAAUCAAUGAAACAAUCAGUAUCACUGAAAGCAGAAGCAAACCUAUUUCAAAACCAUUUUCAAAACUAUUGCACAAAGAGAUGAAGUUUUAUUACAGUAACAAGCCCCUUGAUGGUACAAAAGAUAGGAAGAAAAAACAUUCAUUUAAUGUAGGUAGUGACCCAAGAAAAUAAAAACAAUGACUGCUUAGUAUGAAGUAGAGGCAAGAACGAGGAUAAAAAGCAGUGUAAAAAAAACAUUUAGAAAGUCUUCUUUAUAAAUUGAAUGCUUGGGUUUUUUUAUCUCCUACAUAUUCUGCAAUUGUAAGAGAUUGCAUGAGGAGGUAGUAUCAUAGCCUCUCGUGCUGAGAUAUUUAGGGGGAGUUGAAUUGCGUGUCAAGUAGCAGCUGACUUGAAACUUCUGCAAACACCUACCGCAACAUUAACAUCGUGCCAGACAUUUGAACUCAGCUUUUUCAUAUAA